AUUAUAGGAGGUGAACGUCUCGCCGCGUAUACAAACUUUUCCCUCUCGAUCUUUGUAAAUAAGGGAAAUUGUGUUCUAUUUGUAAUGUUGCAAUGAAGUUAUUUGUGUAAACAUAAAGCUCUUAUAAGAAAUGUGUAAAACUAAAUGCAAUGUAAACAUUCGGAUUUAGCGCCGCUCAAUGCCUGUGCUCCACGCAAAGUCAGCGAUGUGGUCGCGGAAGCACUCUGUGUGCAGCGCUGUAAGCGGUGCGUCCAAAUGCGAAGACGGGGAUGGACAACUGACCAGCGGCGUACAGCUUUACCCGUUUGCCAUAGCACUCAGGGUUCGAGUGUUACAGAUCGUUUGCGGAAUCGGUGGUUUGGUGGUUGGAGCAGUGGGCUGGUUAGAAGAGAGACAGAAUCCAGAGUUGGGGCUGGGCGUACCAACCGGAGCCAUCACUGUUAUAGCCGCAGCGACAUCUGUGUACUACAGCCGAGGGUUCGGCGGAUGGGUGUCAGCUAGAUCGAGGUCGUCUAAAGCCUGGGGCGCCCCGUGGAGAGUACUAGGUCCUUCGCCGUGCGCGGCGGUACCACUCACCCUGUUGUGGGCGGCAGCUAUAGCGGCCCAUAUAGCUAUGUUAGCCUUUUGUAUUAGAUCCUUGCUGAAUAUUGGGUGUGGAAGUACGACCUGCAUCGGGGUGGCGGGCGCCCAGCUCUCAGUGUCGGUGACAACUUUAGCAGCAGCAGUGUUUAUGCUGCAGCUAGAUUUGCGAUACGACGCCUCGCUGUCACCACCACCGAGGCAGUCCGACGCUCACAUAUGUACAGCUGUAUCCAUGGUUCCACUUACGUCCGUGGCGAUCACCAGUGGAAACAGUGGUGAUGGUGAGGCGGGUAACAGUCCUCUAAACAAGGGAAAAGAGCUUCAACCCCUACCAGCGGAGCCAAUCACCUGAUGCAGCGAAGCGGCGUGAAUUGGUAAUCAGUGUUAAGUCUUCGAUGAACAAAUCAGAGUGCUGGUGGAAACAUUAUGUGAAAAAUGGAUGACACAACAAAUUAAAUUACAUAUUUUUAAAAUAUCUAAAGACAGAUUAGUGUGAUGUAAUGUAUCUUUACACUGAAAAAUUUUUGAUUUUAGUUUAUAUGAUAUCACACUUGGAUAAUAAAAUACCUUUAUAUUUAAUAAGUUUAUUGUACAGUAUAUACCUAAAUAUGUACUUAGUACAUACCAGAGAUACCUAAUAAUCUAGUUCACAAUUGCUUACUUAAUUAUUUCGUUAAUGAUUAUUUUUAUUUAUGAUUUAUAAUUAAUAUAUAUCAAAGUAAUCACUAAAGUUAAGCAUCAUUACGAAUUAUCCACUGUUUAUCUUGUUUUUUUUAUAUACCUAAUAAUAUUGUAUUGUUUUAUAUGUGAAUUUAAUAUUAAAGUAUAAUUGUUCCAAUACACUGAUCAAUAAAUAUACAUUUGGUAACUCUACGCCAAAUGUUUAUUUAUUACUUAUUUGCUAAUGAUUAGAGAUUCAUGAAUACGUGGAAAAAACAGUUGGCCUGUUUUUUAUGAAGCAUUGUAUUGAGACGCUAUAUAUAUAUAUAUA